ACGCAAAAACAUAACCUUGAAACCUUCGACGGCUUCGACCGGUGGCAAUUAGAUCAGUUAGAUCAGUAUAAGAUCAGUUAUAUUUGAAUUGAAGCGAUUUAUCAGAUUUCAUCCACUUUGCAAAGGUGUGAACUGGUGUGAGCUCGAAUUGCGAGGAUGGACGAGGAGAUGGACGCUGUAAACGAAGAAGCUUCUCCGGGAGGAGCUUCAGACGGGGAAGAGAUGGUAACGAGCGAAACGGAGGAGAAAGCCGACAAGGAAGCGGCAGACACCGAGUCCGAGAGCGAUGACGACGACGACGAGGAUGUCAACGAGAAGGAGGUGAAAGCCCUGGAGGCUUCCUUGUCGACGAACCCGUACGAUUAUGCCAGUCAUGUAGCCCUGAUCAACAAACUGCACGCGAUGGGCGAGCUGGACCGUCUGCGAGCCGCCAGGAACAAUAUGAGCAACAUGUAUCCGUUGAGCCCUGAGCUCUGGCUCGUUUGGAUAAGCGACGAGGUCAAGUUGGCGACCACCGACGAGCAGAAGGCUGAGGUGGUCGAACUAUGCGAGCGAGCUAUCAAGGAUUACGUAUCUGUGGAAGUAUGGUUGGAAUAUCUACAGUUCAGCAUCGAAUAUAUGGGCAAGGAUGAGGAAAAGGUCAGCAAAGUUCGUCAACUCUUUGAACGUGCCCUGACCACCGUUGGAAUGCAUAUCACGAAAGGAGCGAUAAUAUGGGAAGCGUAUCGCGAAUAUGAGAAUAUGAUACUUGCUUGCCUGUUGUCAUCGGACGAUACUGAAAAUGGAAGAAAGAAGGCUCAGUUGGAACGCAUCCUCAAUUUGUUUAAACGUCAAUUAUCUAAUCCUCUUUUAGACAUGGAUAAGACGUACGAGGAAUACCAAUCGUGGUGUGCAAAGUAUGGUACGGAAGUAGACACUGAUGAGAAGUCCGUAUCAAAGUGCUAUAAACGGAGUUCUGCAAAAUUGACGUCGUUCCUUCCUUAUGAAGAGAAGCUUGUCUCUGUACAAGGCCAAAGUGAACUGCUUGACGCUUACAAAGGAUAUUUACUGUACAUAAAACAAAACAAUUUAGAUCUUGUUACAAUUCUAUAUGAAAGAGCAAUAACCGAUCUGAGCUUAGAAACGUCAAUUUGGUUGGAUUAUAUCGCUUAUCUAGAAAAAGUAUCGAGGCUUGCGGAUGUAUUGGAUCCAAUUUAUCAUAGAGCGUCGAGGAAUAUUCCAUGGUGCUCGACAGUUUGGCAAAAGUGGAUGAGAUCGUGUGAGGAAUGGGACAAACAUAUAUCAGAAAUUCAAAAGAUAUUAGAGAAUGCUUUGUCCGCUGGUUUUUCAACGGCAGAAGAUUAUCGCAAUCUGUGGAUUACGUAUCUCGAAUAUCUGCGGCGCAGACUCGAGCAAUAUCCUGACGAAGAGAGGGAGAAGUAUCUGGAUGUUAUUCGUAAGACGUUUAACAGAGCGUGUGAGCAUUUGGCCAAGUACUUUGGCCUGGAUGGCGAUCCCAAUUGCGUUAUCUUGCAAUAUUGGGCGAGAUUUGAAGCGAUACAUGCAGAUGAUAUGGAACAAGCUAGAAGAUUGUGGGCUGAUAUUCUUUCACAAGAGCAUUCUGCAACAGCUUCUUACUGGUUGGAAUAUAUAGUGUUAGAAAGAUGUUAUGGAGAUUCAAAGCAUCUAAGGAAACUGUAUCAGAAAGCCUUGAGUUCCACGCAGGAUUGGCCAGAAAGUAUAGCGAACUCAUGGAUAGAUUUUGAGCGUGAUAAAGGAACUUUAGAGCAAAUGGAGUUCUGUGAAGCGAAAACGAAAGAGAAGCUCGAUAAAAUUAUGACAGAGAGGCAAAAAGCGCAGCAAGUUCUUUCUCAGAGUGAAUCAUCCACGCAAGAUAAAAAAGCGAGUAAAAGAAAAGCAGAUGACGGCAAAUGGAAAAAUUUAGGAAGUUCCCCAUCGAAAAUUGUAAAAACUGACGUGCGAGUGAAACCAAAAUUACGAGAAAGUAUCUUGAAAUUUGUUAGCAAAACGACGAAUGAUCGAGAGGAGGCGAAGCCAGAAGUCGCACCACCGCCCGGUUAUAAAACGACAGAUGAUGAAGAUACGGAUGAUAAAGAUAGUCAACAUGAAGUAGACGAUAGUAUUACAGUUUUUGUCAGUAAUUUAGAUUACACAGCGACCGAAGACGAAGUGAGAGAUGCUCUAAAACCGGCUGGACCGAUAACGUUAUUCAGAAUGAUUAAAGAUUAUAAGGGACGUAGCAAAGGAUACUGCUAUGUACAAUUAAGUAGCGUAGGAGCUGUGGAAGAAGCUUUAAAAUUAGAUAGAACACCUAUAAGAGGACGUCCUAUGUUCGUUUCAAAAUGUGAUCCUAACAAGAGUACCAGGAGUUCAGUAUUCAAAUACACUUCUACACUUGAAAAGAACAAGCUUUUUGUUAAAGGACUUCCACUUACGCUGACAAAAGAGGAAUUGGAGGAGAUAUUUAAAGUUCAUGGAGAUCUGAAGGAAGUUCGCCUAGUUACUUACCGUAAUGGGCACUCGAAGGGCUUGGCUUACGUUGAGUAUCACGAUGAAGCAACCGCUGCGAAAGCUCUUUUGAGCACGGACGGUAUGAAGAUUCAGGACAAAGUGAUCAACGUUGCGAUAAGUCAACCGCCCGAUCGCAAGAAACCUCAAGCGGAGGAGAACGGAGGACAGGUGAAGUCAUUAGGUGGAACAUCGACGAGCCGUACAGCAGUCGGCGUGCCCAAGACUUUGCUGUCUAUGGUUCCCCGUAGCAUUAAAAAGAAUAGCAGUAACGGCAACGCAGCUCCGGAUAGAAAUACGCAGUCGAUGAGCAAUCAGGACUUUAGGAACAUAUUUCUCAAUAAAAAGUAAAACUUGCUCUAUCA